GUCUAUAUUUCCUCCAACAGUCUUAUCGGUCAUGUUACCAUUAUCAUUAAUCUUUUUCAAUAUCAGCUGGUCAAGCCUCGUGCUGCCUUUAAGUCCACUCCUGGAGGGCUUUUGGUCUCUGCUGAUUUCUGUCAACUAGAACUUCGUCUGCUUGCCCAUCUUUCUGGCGAUACUGACCUUGUACACUUGCUUGUUCAUGACGAUGUCCAUAGUCAACCUUCGACUGUUAUUGCUGAGAGUGCAUCCAAACGUCUUGGCCCACAAGAGCCUACUGAUGACUCGGCUCUCCGUCCUAAAGCCUGUUGCCACGGCGAUGCAUUUCGAAAGGUAAUUAAGGCUUAUCGAAACCUUUUGUAUAGAUAUGUGGGCAGUAAGGGCUUUAAGAGGUUGUGUAUUUCAGGACUUGAGGUAAUUGAUCUUGUAGGGUAG